AGGGAGAGCCUGGGAAGGGGGGUGGCGUGGCGGUUGGUGGUGGGGAGGAGAGGGGAGGGAAGCCUUUUAAUGACUCAUUGAUUGAGCCGGUUUAAAAUUAGUUGUGUGCGCGAGUGUGAGUGUGUUUUCCGCCCCCCGGAGCCGCCGGGAGCCGGGAAGGAGGGAGCGGGGCUCGGCGAGGGGAGGACGGCGCGGCGAGGCCGCGAGCAGGGGGCAGGGUAGGGCCAGGAGUGACGGCGGGCGAGGAAGAAAAAUAAGCUUUUCCAAUCUCCUCCCCUCGGUUUUCCCCCCCUCGUUUCUUUUCUCUCGGCAGCUCUUGGGUGUGAAUCGCAUUUUCUUUCUUCUCGGCAAAAUGGACCCCGCGUCUCGGGAGGGGGAGGGGAGAGGGUGGAGAGAGAGGCGGCGGCGGGGACCGGGUUUCUUUUUCAUCCUGGCUUCCUCCUUCCCGCCGCUUCUGCGGGCAGCCGCGGCGAGAGCUCGGAGCCGGCCGCCCGUCCCCGCCGGGGCCCGGUCCGGCCCGGUGAGCGGCGCGCGCCCGCCGGCGAACUGGCCCUUCCCCGUCGCCUCGCCGCCUGGCUCCCAAGCUCCGCCGAGGACCCGCGGCCGGGGCCGGAUGAGCCCUCGCGCGGCGCCGAGGACCCGCGGCCCGACCAGGAGUCUCUUGCCGGGCCCGCGCGGCCGGGCCGAAGAGACGAGAGGCCGCAGCGGCACUAUUUUGGCCGAGAGCUCUCGGGCCCGACGUGGUUCGCGCCCCCCGAGUCGCCCCGAAUGCGGGAUCGGGGGGGGUGCGGCUGGAAGGCACUAAGAUGGCGCUGGGCCUGGCCCGUUGCCAGGGCUGGUGGCGCAGUUGCUCCGCGGGCGCCAUCUUCCCUGGCGGCGCGGGCGGCGCCCUUCGUGGACGCUUCGCCGGCCGCGGCGCCGGGAGGUCGGGGGCAGCGGGGAGCUACGCUUAGGGUGUGGGGUUCUGUAAGUGGGGACGGGGCCGGGGCAGGCCCGCCGAGCCCGGGGCCGCGUAGCCUUGGUCUUCCCCGGGCCCCCAGACCCAAAAGACGAGGUGGCCGGCUCGGAGCGGCAAGGGGCCGGGCUGGCGGCGUCCGGCUCCUUAGCAUUUGUGUUUGAGGGAAGAAGCGGGCCAGGGGUCGGGCCUUGCAGCUGGUGGGUUCCCCUCUGACCCCGCAUGCCCCUCCGGUCAAAAUUGGAGGGGGGGUUCUCGUCAUCCCUCCUAGGGCCUAGAAUGGGCCGGCUUUGUCUUCCCCGACCUGACUGGGGGGGGGCGGGCAGGGCGGCUUUCCCUUCAUCCUCUUCCAGUUAGUUUUCAAGAGUAGAGUCCAACCAGGUUACAAAAUCGCAAGAAAAAGCCGGGGACAGUGUCUGCCUUGUAGUGACCGCGUUCUCCAAAGGCACCCCACCUUCGUUUUCUUUCUUUAGUUGCUUUAUUAUAAAACCAUCCUGGGGAGACAUUGAUGUAGUCAAACUGUGGAAAGGUUAUGGGUUCCAGUGAUUUGAAACACCUUGUUGGCUUUCAUCUUAAUUAUUCCAAACGGUAGCAACUUAGGGCAGUUGGUUAGAACUCUGAUCUGAAAAAUUAAACUCGCUUGGAAACUGAGACUUUUUUCCCUUUCCCUUUUCUAAAAAAAAACCCUGCGCUGUUUUGUGUCUGUUCUUUCUCAUGAAUAUAAUAAGGCUUCUCAGUUCCCGGACUCCCUGAAGUGGUUCCUUAGAACCACCCAUACAAGUACUGAUCUGUCCUCUUGUAGCUCUGUGUGAAGCGGUGUGGGGGUUUUAACUGUUUUGAAUUGUUACUGAAAAGAUUAUUGGGAGGAGGAAACAAGUUCCUAAAACUGAUCUCUAGGAGUCCACAGGGAUGGAAAGUAAGUAGUUAACUUCUAGUGGAGAAAAGUAACAUAGUGGCACUAGUAGGUGUGUCCUUGUGCUUAUAAACACAGUAUACAUAGUGGCUGUUCUAGACACCCUUCAUAAGACCUACCAUAUAUUGAACACUGCUGUAUGUAUGUGCCUGGUGCAUUAUUAUUAUUUUUUUUUUAAGAUUUUAUUUAUUUAUUUGAGAGAGAGAGAGCGCGCACAUGAGGGGGGGAGGGUCAGAGGGAAGCAGACUCCCCGCCGAGCAGGGAGCCCGAUGCGGGACUCGAUCCCGGGACUCCAGGAUCAUGACCUGAGCCGAAGGCAGUCGCUUAACCAACUGAGCCACCCAAGCGCCCCUGGUGCAUUAUUUAACUCCUGUUUAUAUCAGUCCUGCAAUAAUUGGUUUUAUUAUCUGUUUAUACCAGAGAAGGAACUAGUGUUCAACCAGAUACACAAAUUGUUCUAGGUCUUGCCGUUUUAAAUGGUAGAAUGUGUGUGUGUGUGUUUCCUCAAAACAUCUAGUGUGUUAGGCAAUCUCAGUUUUAAGCUUCUGGCUUUCAACUUUCCAAUGCCCCAACUCCCAAUUUUGAAAUUCUCUCCAGCACCCCCUAAAUCUGACUACGUAGGAGUCUCUUACUCCAGAGUUCUCCAGGUGAUUCCACUGUGACAGAUACGGAGUUGGAAUAUCACUGUAUUGCACUGUGCUGCUGGCUCUCUUUUGAAUUGGAGUGUGAGACUUGAGGCCCAUAUCGUUUUGAGUUUCAACAGUUAUUGCUCAUCCUCUCUCUUAUUUUUUUUCUAGCUGCCGUUUGUCAAAUUAUUGGAACCAUUUUCUUACAGAAAGAAGGUUUACCUAGUCUGAGACUAAAAUCUCUACAUUUUCCAAAGUAUAUCUCAUUCUGCUGAGAAGUUAUAAAACAUGCAGGCGUCUAGGUCUAGCUGGGCCAUCUAAUUUAGUCCAGACAGCUGUGCAACAAAAAUAGAAUUGAAUCUAGGAUUGAGAUAGAAAUUAGGAAUAGGGUAGAAAAGAUCCUGGGGAGGGGGAGGUGAAAUCUAGAGGUAAAUCCUUGGAAGAAAGGAUUUUUUUUUUUCAGAAUUUUCAAUUGUGAAGGUACCUUUUGUCUUUUGGGAAGUAAGAUGGUGAAAUUAUUCUAAACAUGAGACCCUUUCAGGAACAGCGUAUGCAUAUAGGACACAGAAGGUCAGGAAGAAACAUCCAGAGCAGGUGAUGAAUAGCUGACCUGACCGAAAUAAAAGAGAACCAAGUCAGUGAUGUAAUCUUUUAAUUUCUGUGGAGCAAGAACCAUAUAUACUUACUUUGUGCUUUCCUUUCUUUGUUCUCAAAUCACUGUUGUGUUUAGUAAUCGCUGGGGGAAUGGUUAAAAACUUUGAUUUUUGAUGCAGAUGACAAAAUUAUAUUAUCUUUGCAUAUGUCUACAUUUCUCUUUCCUUCCACAUUUGAAAAAUUUUAAAGGAACAGCUACUGAAUACCUGUGUGCAGUCCGUGUCCGGUCUAGAUCAGUAGGCAGGUGGAGGUCUAGGCUUUGACUCUCCUGUGUGCUUUUUCUCCCAUUGUGUUUCAUGAUAAAUGCCCAAGUAAUUAUAUUCUUUGACUAAAAUCCAAUGAAGAUUGUAAGGAGGGGAAAUCUAAAAUAAACCUGCUUAAAUAGGAGGUAUAGGUUCUUUAUUUUAAAGUAGCUUUUAUUGGGGGCGCCUGGUUGGCUCACUCAGUAGAGCAUGCGACUCUUGAUCUUGGGGUCGUGAGUUUAAACCGCUCAUUGGGUGUAAAGGUUACUUUUUAAAUAAAUAAAUAAACAAAUGAAGGAAGGAAAGUAAGUAAGUAAGGAAAGUAAGUAAGUAAGUAACCUUUGGUGGAAUUCAAGACAGGCAAGAUCUCUGCCUUCAUGGAAUUUAUAGUAUAGUGGGGAAGACAGGAAAUAAGUUAAACGCCAAUAAUCAAGAUAAUUACAGAUUAAGAAAAAUUGUAAAAAGUUAAUAAGUUGGUAGAUCUAAAAGAGCGUGGUAUGGGGAAUGGCUGUCUUGGCUAGUGAGAGUCAGGACGCAUCCCUUUGAAGAGAUGAUAUUUGAGCUGAGGCUUGAAACUUAAGCUUGUGCUAGCCAUGUGAGAAACUGGGGACUGUGCUAGCCUGUGAACAAAUGCAAAGACCUGGAAGGCCCAGAAGGGCAUGGGUGUUAGAGAGAGGCAAGAGGAGAAUGGAAUGAGAUGGAAGUUGAGAGAUCCUUUGGGGCUUCCUAUAUUAGGCUGUACCAGGAGUUUGGGGUUUUAUUUUAUUCAAAAUGACAAGCUAUUGUAGGGCUUUCAUUAGGGCAGUGAUUUUUUUUUUUUUUUUAAAGGUCACUGCCGCUCUGUGGAGCAAGGAAGGAAGCCGAGAGGUGAGGGCUAGUGCAGUGGCCAGCUCAAGAUUGAUGGUAUUUUAGGCAAAUACAGUGGCGAGGGGGAUGGAGCAAAGUGGAUGGGGGGUUCCAGAUAGGUUAUGGAGGUGGAAUCAGAAGUAUUUACUUAAUGAGUUGGCUGUGGAGACAGGGAGGAAUCAAGGAAGCCUUCAGGGUUCUCGCCUAAGCCUUGGUGACUGACAGUGCCAUUUGCUGGUGGAGAAGACUGGAAGAACAGUUGUCAUGGAUGAUGAUGAUGACUCGUGUCUCCUUGAUCUUAUCGGAGACCCACAAGCAUUGAACUAUUUUCUACAUGGACCUAGUAAUAAAUCUAGCAAUGAUGACUUGACGAAUGCAGGAUAUUCUGCAGCCAAUUCAAAUUCAAUUUUCGCCAACUCCAGUAAUGCUGAUCCUAAGUCAUCCCUCAAAGCUGUAAGCAACCAGCUUGGAGAAGGGCCCAGUGAUGGACUGCCACUCUCAAGUAGCCUUCAGUUUCUGGAAGAUGAACUUGAGUCUUCUCCUCUUCCUGAUCUCAGUGAGGACCAACCUUUCGACAUUCUUCAGAAAUCCUUGCAGGAGGCCAAUAUCACUGAACAGACACUGGCCGAAGAGGCAUAUUUGGAUGCCAGUGUAGGUUCAAGCCAACAGUUUGCACAAGCUCAGCUUCAUCCGUCUUCAUCAGCAUCCUUUACUCAGGCUUCUAAUGUUUCGAAUUACUCAGGUCAGACGCUGCAGCCUAUAGGGGUGACUCACGUGCCUGUCGGAGCAUCAUUUGCAAGCAAUACGGUGGGUGUGCAACAUGGCUUUAUGCAGCACGUGGGGAUCAGUGUGCCCAGCCAGCAUCUGUCUAACAGCAGUCAGAUUAGCGGCUCUGGUCAAAUACAGUUAAUUGGGUCAUUUGGUAAUCAACCUUCCAUGAUGACUAUUAAUAACCUAGAUGGAUCUCAAAUCAUAUUGAAGGGCAGCGGGCAGCAAGCCCCAUCAAAUGUGAGUGGAGGGCUCCUGGUCCAUAGACAGACUCCUAACGGCAACUCAUUGUUUGGGAACUCCAGUUCCAGUCCAGUAGCACAGCCUGUCACCGUUCCAUUUAACAGCACAAACUUUCAGACGUCUUUACCCGUGCAUAACAUCAUCAUACAGAGGGGUCUUGCACCAAAUUCAAAUAAAGUUCCAAUUAAUAUCCAGCCAAAGCCUAUCCAGAUGGGCCAGCAGAAUACAUACAAUGUGAACAAUUUGGGAAUACAACAGCACCAUGUUCAACAAGGGAUCUCUUUUGCCUCUGCCAGCUCACCCCCGGGCUCCGUAGUUGGUCCGCACAUGUCUGUGAACAUUGUAAACCAACAGAACACAAGAAAACCGGUCACCUCACAGGCUGUGAGCAGUGCUGGGGGUAGUAUUGUUAUUCAUUCUCCCAUGGGCCAGCCUCACACACCCCAAAGUCAGUUCCUCAUACCCACAAGCCUUUCCGUCAGUUCCAACUCGGUACACCACGUCCAGACCAUAAAUGGGCAACUGCUUCAGACUCAACCUUCUCAGCUCAUCUCCGGCCAAGUGGCCUCAGAGCAUGUCAUGUUGAACAGAAACUCUUCCAACAUGCUCAGGACCAACCAACCGUAUUCUGGGCAGAUGCUGAACAACCAGAAUGCUGCUGUCCAGUUAGUGUCUGGGCAGACGUUUGCCGCCUCUGGAAGCCCAGUGAUAGUCAAUCAUGCCUCUCCUCAGAUCGUCAGUGGACAGAUGCCCUUGCAGCAGGCAUCGCCAACCGUAUUACACCUGUCACCUGGGCAGAGCAGCGUCUCCCAAGGAAGACCUGGCUUCACCCCCAUGCCCUCGGUGACCAGCAUGUCAGGACCUAGUCGGUUCCCUGUUGUCAGCUCCUCCAGCACUGCCCAUCCUAGUCUUGGGUCUGCGGUUCAGUCGGGAGCAACAGGAUCAAACUUUACGGGAGACCAGCUGACCCAGCCAAACAGGACUCCGGUACCCGUCAGCGUGUCUCAUCGUCUUCCAGUUUCUUCUUCCAAAUCUACCAGCACCUUUAGUAACACACCUGGAGCAGGAACCCAGCAGCUCUUCUGUCAGGCCCAGAAAAAAAGUUUGAAUCAGACUUCCCCCAUUGCUGCUUCCAAGACCACGGAUGGCCUGCGGCAGACGCAGAUCCCUGGCCUCCUGAACACCACACUGCCAGGGCAGGAUUCUGGAAGCAAAGUUAUGCCGGUGUCCUUAGGAACCACACAGCCACAGCAGGAAAAAGUAGUUGGAUCAUCUCCUGGCCAGCCAGCUGUGCAGGUGGAUAGUCACUCAGGAGGACAAAAGCGACCUGCUGCAAAACAGCUAACCAAAGGAGCUUUCAUUCUCCAGCAGUUACAGAGAGACCAAGCCCACGCUGUGACACCUGACAAAAGUCAGUUCCGAUCACUGAGUGAGGCGGUGCAGAGGCUCCUCUCCUACCACGUGUGCCAGGGCUCCAUGCCCACGGAGCAAGACCUGAAGAAAGUCGACAAUGAAUUUGAAACAGUUGCCACUCAGCUCCUAAAAAGGACCCAAGCUAUGCUUAACAAAUACAGAUGCCUGCUUCUAGAAGAUGCCAUGCGGAUCAACCCCUCUGCUGAAAUGGUGAUGAUCGACAGGAUGUUCAACCAGGAGGAAAGAGCUUCUCUGUCCCGAGACAAGCGUCUGGCACUUGUAGAUCCUGAGGGUUUUCAGGCUGAUUUCUGUUGUUCCUUCAAACUUGAUAAAGCUGCUCACGAGACGCAGUUUGGCCGGAGUGACCAGCACGGCAGUAAAGCAACCAGCUCUUUCCACCUGACGGCCAAGGCCCAGAGCCGAGACCGAGCCAGACCAGGCAUGGCGGAAUCCACGAAUCAUGACCAGUUUCAUCUAGUGCCUAAUCACAUCGUGGUCUCCGCAGAAGGAAACAUUUCUAAAAAAACUGAAUGCCUCGGCAGAGCGGUGAAGUUCGACAAGGCAGGCUUAGCUCAGUACCGCAGUGCGUCCGAAGAGAAAAGCAGCCGGCGGGAGUCGGUGAAGGCCAGCGAGUGCCCUCCCGGCCCCGAAGGGCCCCGGAAAACCUCAUCCCGACUGGACCACGGUUCUGACAGCAAACUCUCCAGUAUCCUAGGGGAUUCUCAUUUGGAGAUGACAUGUAACAAUUCCUUCCCGGACAAAACUCUGAGGAAUUCUCCAAAGAAUGAAGUUUUACACACAGACAUCAUGAAAGGGUCGGGCGAACCCCAGCCAGAUCUCCAGCUCACCAAGAGUUUAGAAACAACGUUUAAGAACAUCUUGGAACUGAAAAAGGCCGGGCGGCAGCCCCAGAGUGACCCCACGGUUAGCGGCUCUGUUGAGUUGGAUUUCCCCAACUUUUCUCCAAUGGCUUCGCAGGAAAACUGCCUGGAAAAGUUCAUCCCGGACCACAGUGAAGGCAUUGUAGAAACGGACUCCAUUUUAGAAGCAGCUGUAAAUAGUAUCCUAGAGUGUUAAUAGCCUCAGCCCUUCCCCGCCCCGACCCCGAGACCCCGUCCCCGAGACCCCGUCCCCGAGACCCUGCCCCAAGACCCCGCCCCGGACAAGUUACAUUCUUUCCUGGCAAAAGCAAGCGGAAGUGGUCUCCUGUCUCCAGCCUGCUUGAUCUGUCAUCACAGGUUGUCCUUUCUGAUCUCGAUCCCAUUCUUUGUUUCAGAGCAAUACUCGUCGUGGUUACAGGGAGAUCCCUUCGCGAAACGAAUCCUUGUUAGAAAGCAGUCUGAUAGGCCCGACACAGUUCAAGUGUUACGAAAGUGCUUAAUAGUCAUUUCUGUGUUUGUUUACUUGUUUUAAUUUUUCAAAACAAAACACCGUAACUCGCUGAGAUCACAGUACACUUGGCCCUGGGUAAAAUUCUGACAAUCAGAAGUCAUUUGAAAAGAACAGACUUAUUAAAGGAAAUCAAACAGGACUGAUAGAAGCUACUUUUUAAAGAAUAGCCCAGCGCAUCUCCAAAUGUUGCCGUUUGGGGUCUGUUGUCCUUGUCGCUGGGAGGGCAGACCGCCGGGUCUUGCCCCCUCAGGCCCUCUCUGAGCUGCUCUGCCAGGGACGCCGCAAGGAAGCCCCCCCCCCCCCCCAGGCUGCCAGUAGAGCACAAGCAGGGCAUUUGCAGGGUUUCCUUGCUCAUCGUUCAAGUGCUUUUCUGACGUUCCCGGAGCAAAGCCUCACGCUUUCCGGCCGCUGCGCGUUAAGUUUCAUCUAGGGAAUGCUCUGUUCUUAGUUGCAACAGCAUGACUUGAGAUCAUUUCAUCAGGCUAAAUAAAGGAAAACGGAAGCCAGUUAAGUGGCACAGUGUACAGGGGAGGCCGGGAUAGAGCCUUGAGGAAUAUAAUAUGUAUAUAUGUAAAAGCAUAUAUAUGUGAACUAUUGAGAAAAAAAAAAAAAAAAACAAGCGUUUUCGCAUUUCCUAAUUGGGUAUAGUCAACAUAUGCUGUAUGCUUUUGUCUGUUGCUGGGUUUCUUUUCAUUUAACCUCCCUGGCCCCUCUCCCACAAAUAGCCAAGCAUCUAAAGCACUUUCGUUCGAAAACUGUGUUGUCAUUUUUCAGUUUAAACUUUAAGGGGACUUUGGCCUUGUUUAUGCUUCUCGUCUGAGAACAGUAGUCACCCCCCCACACACACCCCCUGGCAGCAAUCAUUACCAAAACACAGACAAACCAAAGUAACCAGCCAGCCCCCCCACUGAAAGAAAAGAUCUAAGACACGGGAGUCCCACUUGAGAGCCAAAGGACAUGCCCUGUCAUGGUCUGUGUGUGGCCCGUGUUCAUAUUAGUGAACAUGACUUACUGCUUUAUUUAUUUAUAUUUCUUUUCAGGGAGCUUUCCCCGUUUUCUCCUUCUUUGUGCCCCAGGUCAUCCCACCUCUGCUGUUCCCUUCAUCCUCAGUGUCAUUGUAACCAGCCGGUCUCUCCCAUCAUUGGGAAGGCGAUGUAACGGUAUUUCAUACGUGCCCUCCCCCAUGUGUGUGUGCGUGUACCUGAGCUGUUCGGAUCCAGAGGUCACUCUGGUGACAGCGUGGACACACCCAGUCUUCCUCCCACUUCCUGCACGCGCACUCUCAUUUCUUCGGUUGAUCUCUCUGGGCUUUAGAGGUGCACCCACUGCUCUCACACGGUGCCAGCAUCUGUUUCUGGCUGUUUCCAGAACGGGGAUGACCCCCAUUGUCAUCAUGUUGGGCGCUUCUUCUAGAGAUUGGCCUGCGAUGGAAAGGAAGGCUUCUGAUUAUUGGAAAACACAACAGAAGACCCAGACUCCUCCUGUCCCUCUCUGUCCCUACACUGUCCUUGAAGGAACCCCCUCAGACAGCCAGUCUUCUUAAAAGCAAAGUACCUUCUCCCUACCCUCACCCCCACCCCGGCCAAUAGAACUUGGAAAAUCUGGGCCAUUUUAGGGUUCCCAUUUUUUCCUUAUUUGUGCCAAUGUCCAAGUUGCAGAUUUCCCCUUUUUCCUGUAUUGUAACAUAUUAGAAGGAUAAGUUGGUAUUGCCAGUUGGAACUUUCUGUUUGGGCAGCCCUGGGGUAACACCCUGCCCUGAACCCCAUGAUUCAUAGGCUCUUCUCUUAGGACUCAUGCUCCCCUCAUUCCUAGCAAGACUUAAAGAUGGUCCCUCUUAAUCAAAUUCUUCUCAUUGUGGAACUCUCUACCUGGAAACCUUCACGUAGGCUACUAAUUAAUUAUGCCAAUCAGUGGAAUUCUUAAAAGAUAAACUUCAUGUACAUUUGUCACCUCCCUUUCUUCCCUAUCCUGCCCUGCUACCCCAGCCCCCGCCUUUCUAAAUACCAUCUCAAAGGGUCUUUCAAGCCCUAACACUUGUCUAGCAAACGGAGAGCCUAAUUCACCAAAAUGAAACUUGUAAAUUUUUGUGUCCUUGUAUGUAAGUUUACUUUCUAUGGAGGAAAGAUUCUAGAUAAUGACAAAUGAAGAUUACGAAAAUGUAUUUUACUCCUGUGAUUAUAGAUUAUGCGCACAUGGGUCCUAACUCGCAUGUCGAGCCCCCUCUGGCGAAGGGUAAGAGAGCUCCACCUUGGACGGCCAACUUUCAGUUGUUCAGGUUCAUUAGUCAAGGUUAAGUUUUAGAACUACUUGUACUCAGUAACAAAAAUCAUCUUCUUUUUUUUUUUUUCCUGUUGUUGUUGUGGAAAAGUGUGCAUUUGUUAUUAAGCAUUUGAUUUUCUGUGUCCUUAAAUACUGCCUAAAGAUAAAGCAAAUUUUAAACUGGCAAUUACGAAAAAGAACUAUUUUAGCUCUGAAGAAUUUAGUAGAUUUUGUUAGAUUAGGGAGGCCUUACAGACUGACUUGACUUAUAGAGGACGCGUCACUCACUGUCAGUGUGGUGUGGGCUUUAUUUGCUUAAAUACCUUCAUUUGUAUAGUAUGUCUCACUUGAAAUUGCUUUGUAUACAUUUUGUAAAAAUAUUUAUAAAAUGUUUUGUAAAAAAAAAGUAUAACAAAUUGCAGUUUAUUUUGUUAUGUUGGAUAAAUACUGUUAAAAGAAACCAGUCAGUAACUAUAUUGUUAAUCCAUGGUUAGGAAAUGUUUAGUUGGAGAUUACGAAAUGAAACAACCAUUGCAAUACAGCCAAAGAUUUGGGAAAAUGUGCAACUGUGAUUGUCUUGAUUUUGCAAAUAGGAAUGGCUCUUUCUCCAGAAGAAAAGGGUAAGUAAGUGUUCAGUGGGAGUUCAACUGAAAUAGAUUUACCAUUCCCAAACAGGAACCUAAACUAGUGAGGGGAUAGGAUUGUAAUUGAUCGGCCUUUCCAAAUGGUUUCCAACUCAACAGGGUUGGUCGGUGAGAAAGUUUAGUCAUGUACAUCUCUGGCCUCCAUCCCUACUCUUGUCACGUGGGUCCUUAACUGAGGAAGGAAAAAUGGGGUCAUUUGAGAAGUUACAUAAAUGAGCCUCAAUCUGCAGGAGGUUUUCUUCAAUCAUAUUUCUUUUGUUUCAGUGAAGGACAAGAAGGCUAAGGGAUAGGGCCGGAAAACUAUUUUACGUAAGACUUAUGCCAGAAUUAACAUGUUUCUCUCUGGAUUCACACAUUUGAUCCACUGAGAAAUACCUCUGUAACCUUAGCUGUAAAGUCAGCCCCCUGAGGCCCUUCUGAGUUCUUGCCCUCACAAGUGGGACUCUGCCCAAAUUGUUAGGGAAACCACCAUAGGGUGAAAUGUAUUUCUCGGGGUGAAGGUAGAAGGCUCCUUAAAUUUUUCUUUGGGGCCUAGGAUUCACACUUAAUUCCUUAUGGUUUAAUUUUGCCGCCUUCACGUGCGCACGCGUGCGUGCGCACACACACACACACACCCUUAAAGCAGUAGUAGUUAGGAAAUCAAGAUUCUGCGGUAAUCAAUAUAUAUACAAGAAGUUGUUCUCCUAGAACUAACAGCAGUCAGAAUCAUUACUGCUAGAAUAGUUGCAUCACUCAAUGCAUCCCUUAAUGUCUUCUGCAGUGUUGCCCUGAUAUCAAGAUUCUCUUGCUAAGGACAAAUAUGUGCCCAACAUGACAUUCCUUCCCCUCCCCCUUCAGGCCAUUUGCAAUGGGAGUGCCCCAUGAAUGAAGAAGGCAGGAUGAUCUGGCUGCUUGAUUAGGAUCUGUCUCUGUUCCCCAGGGGAAUGCCCAGAGGGAAGACCAGGCAUCUUCUCUAAGGACGGUUAAAGCCUUCAAUCCUGUGUAUGGGGGCUGGGUUCUAGGAAGGGGGCCAGUGGAUUAUUUGGGGGCAAAGAGAAAAGAAAGAAACCACAGUCUGGGGGCACUGAAACAGCACUGCUCAGGCAAGACUCUGGCCGUGCUGUCCCCCCAGGGGCUAGCCGGUUUCACGCUCUGACUCUGCUUUAGCCUUGUGUAUGUUCUCUGAGACACAGGCAGGGCUCCUGGGUAUCCACUUGCAGGUGGAGAGCAUCAGCCACCAUACGUUGCUUGAGCAGUUGACAGGCACUGGGCUGGGCACUGGGGAUACAUGGAUAAUUCAGGUCUGACCUACUCUCAAGGAGCUUGCAACCUAGAGAGGAAACAAGCACACAAAUAAUUGCAUUACAUUUGGGAAUUGACUGGAGUUCAGGAGAGAAGAAACUAGGGCUAAAAUUCUUUCCAGCCUACCACUUCAGUAGAGUUGCAGUGUAUAUUCCAAUGUCCUGCUUCUUUUUUUUUUUUUUAAUUUUAUUUUUUAAAGAUUUUAUUUGUUUAUUUGAGACAGAGAGAAUGAGAGACAGAGAGCAUGAGAGGGAGGAGGGUCAGAGGGAGAAGCAGACCCCCCGCUGAGCAGGGAGCCCGAUGCGGGACUCGAUCCCGGGACUCCAGGAUCAUGACCUGAGCCGAAGGCAGUCGCUUAACCAACUGAGCCACCCAGGCGCCCCACUGUCCUGCUUCUUGGUACACCCUGAGUUACAUCUGAGAAAAAGGUAUUGUGCUUUGUGCAGGAAUAAAGGUAAAGGCACUUUGUAAUCAUAGGGUUAAAUAUGUGGAGAACUCUGGUUCACACAAAUGGGAGGAGCACCUUUGUAGUCUAAAGUGGAUUCUGUAAUAUGGAUAGCCUGGGUCUGUGUUGCUGCCCAUAAAAGGCCCUGAAGCCCUAAUCUACAUUUCCCAUGGGCAUGUGCUGGAGCCUGGCCUUUGAACACACUUGCAAAGGCAAGAAGAUCCUCAGGGGAAAAAAAAAAAAAUCACUUCUGUGAAGGUCGGGGGAGGCAGUACAACAGGGUGGGCAGAAAGUGCCUUUGGCAGCAGAACCUAGAAAUGGGUUCUAGGACCUUGUCUAACACGUAGAGAUCUCAGCGUAAGUUCCUCUCAGCCUCAACUUCUUUGCCUAUAAACUAGGAAGAUUUGUCCUGGCCCUCUAACUCCUUACGGUGUAAAAUGAGGUGUUACUGAAGAAGUGGGAAAGGUGGAAGAAGCGAAGUGCCAUUAUCCCUGAAAUAAUUCAGGGGCGGUUUGGGUUUUUCUGUUUUGCCUUUGGUCAUACCUCCUGCACACUGUCUGCUUCCUACUCUAGGUUUCCUGGGUCCAGCCUGGCCCCUCAAAAGUGGCUGCCCUUCACAGGUUCUCUCCUUUUUCCUUCACACGUUUGCCCCCUUAUGCUUGUCUUUCAUCAGGAUCAAAAGCUGUUGGCCACGUUGUCUCCCCCAACUCUAGGCUCAUCUGGCUGCUUUCACACUAAUCUCUUUCCCACCUGAUUCCUGGUAACCCCAUGUCACUCGCUGAGGAAGCAACAAGGAAAACUUGAAACAAAACAAAGUCAACUUCAAGAAGGCUCAUUAUCCAAGAGGUCUGGGACCGAUGGGAAAUUGCAGAUGGAACCCCCUUUUGGGUGCUGUGGGUGUGGUGGUUUUGCCUCACUGAGAAAGCACUGCUCAAUUUAUCUCCUAAAUGAUUCCAAAUAAUGCCAAAGUGCAGACAGUACAGAAGUAACUUGUUGUGGAAUAUGCUAGGAAAGGAACCCUGGAGUCAGGCCAGAGAGCCACAGAAUGUCCUGAAAGGACUCUUAAAAAAAGAGUCUAGUGGUUUCUAAAACAGGCAAAUCAAAAUAAUAAACAAAAACAGGCAAAUCAAAAUAAUAAACAGGCAAAUCACAAGAAUAUAAUUACCUAGACAGUUUUUUCUUUUUUCUUUUUAAUUUUCUUAUUUGAGAGAGAGAGCAAGAGAGCACAAGCAGGGGGAAUGGCAGAGGGAGAGGGAGAAGCAGUCUCCCCGCUGAGCAGGGAGCCGGAUGCAGGGCUCCAUCCCGGGACCCUGAGAUCAUGACCUGAGCCAAAGGCAGAUGCUUAACCGACUGAACCACCCAGGCACCCGGACAGUUUUUUUCUUAAACCAAUACACACGGGAUAAAUGAAAAACAUAGCACAAAAUGUAAGUCUUCCUAAUUCAGGCCCCACUCCCAUUUCCCAAAAAUAACCCCCAUCAACACUUUCUUGUAUAUACUUCCAAAAUUGUUACAUAUAAAUACAUCUAUAGCCAAAAAACAAAAACCACAAAACAACCAGGGACCACUCUUUUACACCCUAUUCUGUAUCUUGCUUUUUCAAAUGUAACCAAGUAUCAUGGAGUAUUAUAGCCUGGUUGCAAGCAACAGAAAAUGAUCUGCUUGGUUGACCAGCAUAAUGGAGUUUUAUAGAAAAGGUAAGGAUUGAAGGGAAGAUUGAAGAACCACUAGGUUUGAAAAAGACAGGAACAAGGAAACUUCGUAGGUCUUCGUAGGUAGAAAUUCUUAAAAGUCUUGCCCCAAACCUCCAAUGUUUCUUCCAUCGUCACCCUGCUCAAGAUUCAAAACCCAGAGGGGAGAAGUUUUUUGUUUUUUUAAGAUUAUUUAUUUAUUUGAGAGAGAGAGGGGGGGAGAAACAGCUUGAACAGGGGGAAGAGCACAGGGAGAGGGAGAGAAUCUCCAGCAGGCUCCCCGAUGAGUGUGGAGCCCGACGUGGGGCUCAAUCCCACGACCCUGAGAUCAUACCUGAGCCAAAACCAAUAGACAAGUCAGACGUUAAAAUGACUGAGCUACCCAGGCGCCCCCACACCCAGAGGAGAGAAGUUUAUAGCAUCUCAUGCCCCCUCCCACUGGAGAGAUGGAAGGAGUUGAAAAGAUCUUCCAGAGACCCCUUCAACUUAUGUAUUGGGAGGACAAACAUUUAGAUUUGAUAACCCUACUCCACUCCAAUAAUGUACAUGAUGAAGGAGAGACCAGUCUACAAGAGAAAUAGGAUACUGUUAGGAAAUGGAAAUGGAGAUCAGCAGGCCAAAAAAUAAAUACCAUUAAGAUUUCAGGACGUGAAAACCUACCUCAUUGCAUAUAAUUGCAUUGUCUUCCAUAAUUUAUUUAACCAUGCCCUCGUGAUGGACAACUAAAGCAGUCAAGAAAAAAGAAGCCUAUGACAACAGGCUAAAAGAAUAAGAUUCUCGGGGCACCUGGGUGGUUCAGGCGGUUAAGCAUCCGACUCUUGGUUUCAGCUCAGGUCAUGAUCUCAGGGUGGUAAGAUCAAGCCUGUGUGGGGCUCUGCGCUCAGCAGGGAGUCUGCUUAAGAGUCUCUGCCUCUCCCUCUCCCCCUUCCCCUGCUCUCUCUCCCUCUCUCUAAAAUAAAUAAAAUCUUUAAAAAAAAAAAAAAAAAGAGGGGCACCUGGGUGGCUCAGUCAGUUGGGCAUUUGACUCUUGAUUUCAGCCCAGGUCUUGAUUGCAGGGUUGUGGGAUUGAGCCCCGUGUGUGGCUCCGCCCUCAGUGCAGAGUCAGCUUGUUCUUCUCCCUCUGCUCCGCCCCCUGCUCUUGCACACGCACUUUCUCUCUCUCUAAAAUAAAUAAAUAAAGGGAGCCUGGGUGGCUCAGUUGGUUAAGCGACUGCCUUCGGCUCAGGUCAUGAUCCUGGAGUCCCUGGAUGGAGUCCUGCAUCGGGCUCCCUGCUCCGCAGGGAGUCUGCUUCUCCCUCUGACCCUCCCUGCUCUCAUGUGCUCUCUCUCAUUCUCUCUCUCAAAUAAAUAAAUAUUUUAAAAAAUAAAUAAAUAAAAUGAAUAAAUAAAAUCUUAAAAAAAAAAUUCUUGAGGCUGUAAACGACCAUUCCUCAUUCUCACUCACUAUCCUCACUUUGAAAUAAAAAGUCUUGUAUCUUGCCUAGUGCUGGAGCAUAUGGUCAAUGCUCAGUAAACAACAUGUAUUCAGUUAGUGAAUAAUUUGGGGUUGAAGAGGUCUCAAUGUCUUUUCCUCUGGAUCUUUGUAGAAUGAUGGCUUGGGCACUGAGAAUAAGUACUCUCCUAGCACCAUCUGCUGGCAUUGGAAAACCUUUCCUGAAUCAUGGCCUCCAAGUCUCUUUCGGCCCGUAUUGUUAAUAGCCCUGAAAUUCUUGGGGGGAAAAAAAUAGCCCUGAAACUCCUCCUCUUCUUAAUACCUUCAGUACCGCAGAACUUACCUUUUAUCUGUACAUAGAUACAGUUACAAAACAGUGACUUAUUUUUGUUCCUUGUUUACUAAGAACUGUUUUACACUUUGGUGAUCCUUGUUUUUGCCUUUUUACAAAGUCAGACACAUGUGAGACACUGAGUGAGUGAGAAGGAGCCUCACACCAGUCUUUGACUCCAAAGACUGUUGUCCUUUGACGUUUAUUCAUCAGGUAAUGAGCUCUGUGUAUGUCACUAUCUUUCUGGUUGGACUAGUUACAUAGCACAUACCGAUAUGAUGCUUUGAGCUUAUUUUUAAAAGCCCCUGUAGGUGCCCACUACUGUGACAGGAGCUGUAGAAGACAAAGAAGUAUGAGAUAAGUUCCCUGCCUUCGGAGCACCCAAUCUAAUCAGGGAAGCAGUAAGUCAAACAGCACAGGAUAAAGUCUGUGGUGAUGCCUGUAAGUGCCCAGUGCCGAGUAAUGACACUGGAAUACAUACUGUGCUAUAUAUAUAUGGCACUAGACAUCCAAAGCCUGGAGACAUUUUUGUUUGUCACAUCUGGGGUGGGGGUGUUACUGGCAUGUAGUUGAUAGAAGCCUAGGAUGAUGCUAAACAUAUCACGAUGCACAGGACGGCCCCCCCUAAUAAAGAAUCAUCUGGCCCCAAAAAGCCAAUAGCGCUGCGAUUGAGAAACCUGCGCUAGACCUUUAGCAACUGCCAUGAGGGAGGCAGGCAUGGUCCCUGCCCUCCUAGUAUCAUGAAGAAAUGUUAAAAAUAUAAUAAUACUGUGUUGAAGGAAUUCAAAGAAAGGAAAGAGACUACUCUAGAGUCUUGUUAAAGUACAAUCCACAGACCUGAAACAGGGCAUCACUUUGAAGCAUGCUAAAAAAGCGGAAUAUCACCCCCCACCCCCAACCCCCCACUGAAUGAAAAUCUGCAUUUUUAACAAGACCCUCAGGUGUCUACUAUGCGUAUUAGUGCUGGAGACAGCGCUGCACUGGCAGGUUUCCAGAAGACAGGACGUGGGUUAUUUUUCAUUGUUUUAUGAAGCAGGAAAGAAGGAAGCAAAUUCCAGGUGGUGAGAGCUACAUGAGGGAAGAUUCUGAGAUGGCGACGGGGAAUUUCUGGUUUUCGAUCCAGCACUAAUAACUAACAUAGUGUUGCCUGCUUACAGUCAGACAUUGUGCUUUAUACGAAAUAUUCCACACAGAACUCGUAACACUAUUGGGCAGGUCCAUUUUAGGGGUAAAGCAAACCAAGGUACAGCGGGGUUAAAUAACUUGCUCCGGGACCCACUGACCGAGCCGGGCUGAUGGAAUCGAAGCUGCAUUCUCUCCCACCCGAAGUCCUCCACAAACACCUCCACCCACACGUGAGAGCCAAGGUCGAGGCCCCAGCUCUCUCCACCCAGCGAAAAGCCAAUCACACCAGCCAGUCUUCUUCCCGCACUCGCGCCGCGGAAGGGAAGCCGGAAGAGCGGCGCGCCCUCCACACCGGAAGUCGUAGGCGCAACGUGGGAAGCGUCUUCAUAAGCCCCGCCACCGGCGUUAAACGAAUACAGCGUAAAGGAAGGGGGCGGGAUUUUGAGAAUGACGCAGACCCUCAAGUGCUUGAAGGCAGUGCGAAGAACGUUUUGUGCCUUGGCAGGAAUCUGUGUUAGCGAGACCGCAGCCGUUCACUGCAGCUCGCUGGGCGCUGGCUGUCGGGGAGGUACACCGGGAGCUAGACGACACAUCUCUAUGGUCAAGUAAACAUAGAGCGGGCCUCUCUUCCCCCACGUGGUGGGCCUGCGCAUGAGCAGUAGCCGCAGCUUCGGAAACAUGGCGGAGGAAGAG